UCCUCCUGUCACCUCAGACGACCCAAAGCGGAGUUAAAAGCGGCUGAUAGCGGAGGAUAACCGAGCAACAGUUAAACUGUCGCCUCUCGUUUGCUUCUUCAGCUUUUUGUUGCAUUUUUUUCUUCCUUCCAAAACUAAACCAGAAACUUUUAAAAAUGAACGAGAGUGAGCCGAGCAGCUACCCGUUGACAGCGUACGACUUCGAGCAACGUUUCGACGAGAGAAGAGCGGUGGAAUGGAUGCAGGAAAACUGGACCAAGUCUUUUAUAUUCUCUGGCCUGUACGCUGCGAUCGUAUUUGGAGGGCAGCACUUCAUGAGGGAAAGGCAAAGACUGAACCUGCGUCGCCCACUGGUGUUGUGGUCACUCAGCCUGGCCAUUUUCAGCAUCGUAGGAGCGGUCAGGACCGGAGCUUACAUGCUGCACGUCCUCACAAACAACGGCUUCAAACAGUCGGUGUGUGACAACAGCUUCUACAGCGCUCCCCUCACCAAAUUCUGGGCCUACGCCUUUGCCCUCAGCAAGGCCCCCGAGCUGGGAGACACCGUGUUCAUCGUCCUGCGGAAACAGCGCCUCAUCUUUCUGCACUGGUACCACCACAUCACCGUGCUGCUUUACUCCUGGUACACCUACAAGGAUCAGCUGGCGGGCGGCGGCUGGUUCAUGACCAUGAACUACAUGGUUCACUCUGUCAUGUACACGUACUACGCUGCCCGAGCGGCCGGCCUGCGGGUGCCGCGUCCCUUCGCCAUGGUCAUCACGGCCUUGCAGAUCCUGCAGAUGGUGAUGGGCCUGGCCGUGCAGGGCCUCGUGUACCACUGGAUGCACGAGUUGCGCUGUCCGUCCCACCAGGGCAACAUCGUGUGGGGCUCUCUCUUGUACCUCAGCUACUUGAUCCUUUUUGCCUACUUCUUCUACAACACCUACCUCAAAGGCUCCCCCAGGGACAAAGGGUCCAAGAAAGAGUAGCGCGCCUCCCUGUGCUCGGGGUCGUAUUAAAGGCUCUGAACAUCCUCCUCUUCUGACUGCAGCUCAGAGAGGAGGACGAUUUGGAGCAUUUUAAUGUGAUCUCACGAUGAAAGCGAGGAGAUUGAGGGGCAUUUCCGUAACUGUGUUUGACUAAAAAUAGCGCUGUCGUCAUUUAAACGAUUGCCUUGUUUACUUAAACUCCUUUAUCUAAAAACAGCCAUAUGAGGGCCAAAUACUGUCAGAGGCGACUGACACUUGUUCCUGUGUUUUUAAAGAAGAAGUCAUUGAUUUAUAUGUAAGAAGAAAUGCUUAAUUUUACUUUAAUUGAGUGAGGAAAUGGUUCGUUUAGCUCUAGUUAGCUUAGCAUAAAGGCUGGAAGCAGACUUUCCUUUCCCUGGAAAACUGACUUAUUUAAACUCUGAACCUUUCUGUUUAACCUGCAAAUUAACAAAAACAUGAAAGCAACAGAUUCUUGACUCCAGCUCUAACAAACAUCUUUUACAGACGGGAGCCUGCUCACUGUCUUUAUGCUCGACUAGGAUAAACAAUCUGCACCAAAUGUUGAACUAGCCCUUUAAAAGUGACACCGGGGGCAGGUAUUAAUCUGAUGCCGUAAAAAUGAGCAUCACGUGGCGCCUGCAGGCGCAGAAACUGUAACACCUGUGUCCGCCUGUGCAGGUUAGCAGGUAACAGGGAGUGAAGACUAAUGCACUAAAUGGCAGAGGAAUGUUUUCAUGCACGUAAACGUGCAGGAAGAAAAGCGAUACGAGUUCAGUUCGGUGUAAUUUUUUAAAUGCUGUCACCACUUUACCUUCAUCUAAAAAGAAAGCCUUCUCUGUCUGCUCCUCUCAGUUUACCUCGCUGGCUUAUACCUGCCUCAUCUUGUUAGCUUAGGUUGGUUUUUUUUGUUUGUUUUUUUAAGGUGUUGGUUUGAAUCGAGGUGAAGAUUCUGAGUCUGAGAGCACAACAGUAAAGUGACCAUAUUCUUAUAAAACGAACACUUAGAGCGGUUAAAUUUAGUGUUGCUGCUAACGCCGUCCACAGCGGUGCGUUGCUUUGCUUCACCCUUUACUGCAGGUGAUGCACUGACCACUAAUAAGUACCUCAUGCAACCCAGCUUUCCUUUAACAUAGCCAAUAUUUAUAGCCGUUUUCACCACGCGUACACUCUGUAAGACGAGGCCUGAGCGAGGAACGCGUUUCUCAGAUGAAAGCCGUUCCAGCUCGAACAGCUGACAGGAAGUGCGUUAAACCAGACGUCCUCCUGUCCCUGUCGUUUGGGUUGUUUUCACAAGUUUACGCACUGUACAGUAUAUGUUUUUUAACGUUUUAUAAGAGAUGACGGGAACGAUUCACUGUUGGGACGGAGUGCAGCUGUGCGAUGGAUUUAAAAAGGAGAAGUGUAGAUGUGAUGGAGAUGCAGACCUGUAGCUUUAACUCAGAGGUUUAACAAAAACAUUCCACUUCUAUGGUGCACAUUUAUUAAAAGCGAUAAAAAGCAUCUGAAAACUGUUUGCACUGUUUGAUUCUCUGAUUGAGCAGCAGCAGUUAAACCAGAUUGUCUCGUGUGAAGUAUUUAGCAGACAAACAAAAAGGAUAAACUGAACAUAAUGUGACGUAACAGGAGAGGUUUUUGUAUCUUGCAACUCCUACGAGGUCCAACCACUACGUUUGCCUUUUUAUUGCCGACACUUGAUUCCUGAUGUUUGUGUUUAGUUAGAAAAAAAGCUUUAUUUUGAUCCAUCCUUUGUGACUUUGCCCUGUGCUCAUGUUGGUUUUGGUUAUUUAUUUUCCUUUUGUGCUUUAAAUUAUUUGAACAAACUGAUACCAAACAUACGGCAGAUGACGAGGACCAAAUUUAUGUGGCGAUUGCCGCUGACUGUGGUGGCACUGUGGUGCUGCUGCUCUUUAUGACCUGCUAAAGAGGAGGCCACAAGGCGCUGGUGUCUGUUUUUUAGAUGAGAAGGAUGUGUUUUCUUUACGUUUUCCAGCAGGUGUGAGGUUUACUUGGCAGGUGUCACAUUAGGAAACGGGUUGAGUUCAGUUUGCUCCAUCCACGCUCGUGCUUACACCGCUUUGGAGGGUGAACUGCGACAGUGUUCGUGUUUAAAGUUGUGCAGCACAUUUUCAAACCACGUCCUGUUUAACGGGCCUGUGCUCGCCACAGAAGCUGCUCGCCCUGGUUGGAAACGUGUGUGCUGAGCGCUGUGGUUUAAAACCUGUGUGGAGACUUUUGACUUGGCGUGACGGAGCUGAUGUUGUGUUUGUGUCUCUAGUUGAAUUCCGAUUGUUCAGGACUUUGUGAAUUACAGUUUGUCACGCUGACGCACCAUCCGUGAGAAACGACGUAGUUCUGAUAAAAGCACCGUUUUCAGAUGCACUUAUUGUUUCAGCAUCAACCAGUUCUAGUAGUUUUUAUGUGAUUUAAUGUAAAGAGCACUGAACACUGUUUGAAACGGCCUGCAUUUUUAAAAUCUGACACAUUGUAACGCUGUUAAAACUUGAACUUGGUGUGCCAACAUGCUUCUGUUUAUUUUCUGUCGUGCUUUACUUGUUUUGUUGUCUGUGCUUUGUUUCCUACUGAUUUUUACUCCCUGUGGUUUCUACUGGAAAAAGGGCUUCGUGUCGAAACGUUAUAAUAAAAGU